AUGCCCGUCUCGAUCUCCGCAAUCGGAGGCGUCGACGCCGGAACAUGUCGAUACACGGCCGAAAUUCAGAUCUCGCCGAUCGGCCAAACUUCUCUCGCGUUCAAGACCACUGCGUCCGUCAUGACAAGUUUAACGAAAUACACUCCGUCGCCCGUAACGUCGCCCGUCCAAUGGAGCCAUGUAGCCGAUCUCGCGCUCGCGGAUCCGGAUCCUACGAACUCGGACCCCAUUGACAUACUCAUCGGUGCCGACCUGUACGGCGAUUUGCUGCUCGACGGCAUUCGAAAGGGCUCCCGCGAUCAACCCCUCGCGCAGAAUACCGUUCUCGGUUGGGUGCUGUCCGGCCCCGCGGCUGACCCACAAGCUCGUCCUCGAACAGUCACGGCUCAGCACUGUUCUAAUACCCCGUCUCUCGACGAGGAACUCCGACGCUUCUGGGAAAUUGAAGAAAUCCCUCGCGCCAUUCCACUGAGUCCGGAGGAGCAACAAUGCGAAGAUCACUUCCUCGCCACUCAUUGGCGACGCUCCGACGGACGAUACGUGAUUCGCUUUCCGUUCAAAACCGGUCCCCCAAUCGAGAUCGGUAAUUCUUAUCACUCAGCCGAGCGACAGUUGAGAGGUCUUGAACGCAGAUUAAACGCCGAUGAGAGAAUAGCGACGGAAUACCGCGCCUUUAUGGAGGAGUACGAGCGACUCGGGCAUAUGAAGCGUGUACCGCAUGACGCAGACACGUUGUCUCAACACGUUUACAUUCCGCAUCACCCCGUGAUUCGCGAAAGUAGCACCACCACUCGGUUACGGGUCGUUUUUAAUGCGUCGAAUCCGACGAGCAACGGCACGUCGCUGAAUGACCACUUGCUAACCGGGCAAAAGUUGCAGACCGAAUUAGCUGCAAUUCUACUAAGAUGGAUGCUACCUCAAUACGUGUACUCCGCCGACAUUACAAAAAUGUAUCGUCAAAUCGAAAUUGAUCUUCGUGACGUCAACUAUCAGCAAAUCCUAUGGUUCGAUCGCGAAUCUCGAACCAUCAUCGCGUUCAUUCUGUUAGUCCUAACGUACGGAACGGUUAACGCUCCUCAUGAUGCGCUUCGCGUUCUGGAACAACUAGUUCGGGACGAGGGAAGCUCAUUUCCGUUGGCGGUUCCG